AUGAGUUGGCUUAAUAUUGGUAGCUAUGUGGUACGUACAGUUUGUUUGAUACAUAUAACUCAUACACAUUUCUAUGAGUUUACAGAAACGAGAGGUGAAUCAAUGUUACCGACCUUGAAUAGAGUAAACGAUUACGUCCAUGUUCUGAAAUGGUAUAAGGACGGACGAGACUUAAAGAUGGGAGACUGUAUAGUUGCUAUGAAGCCCACAGAUCCACAAUCUAGAGUUUGCAAACGAAUAACUGGAAUGGAGGGUGAUUUGAUAUUAGUUGAUCCCAGUCAAGAAGAUGAUGAGGAAGCUUACGAAACUUUUAUCAGGGUUCCAAAGGGUCACGUAUGGGUGACUGGGGACAAUCUUUCUCAUAGUUUAGACUCCAGGACAUAUAAUUCGAUACCCAAGGGUUUAAUCAAGGGGAAGAUCGUAGCAGCGAACGAUUUCAGCAAGCCUCUAUCGACUUUUUGGGGGUUUAGAGAAAUCACUAACAGCUAUUUUGAUGAGAAAUGA